GCGCCGUUUUAAAUUAAGAGUACCCCCUAAAACUUUAUUCCUUUGCGACACCUUACAAGCGUGAAGUAAACUAUCAUGGUGUCAACUUGCUGCCAGUUUUUAACUGGGUUUUUAACGCAACUUGAUCUGCGUCCUCUAAUAUUUUCGGUUUGGUUUCCUGACUUGUCAAGCCUUUCUGGACCGCUCUGACAAGCGGCUGGGACAUUUAUGGGCUGCCACAGCGACGUCAGGGACUGCUCUUCACCGUGAAGAUGGCGGAGGCUGCGGAAACGCCACACCACCGGUUUUAUUGUCACUGCUGUAAAUGUGAGACAAACCCCAAACUCCCGGAUUUAGUCUGCUCCCAAUGUGAGUCUAGCUUCAUUGAAGAGGUGACAGAAGAUUCCAGCCUUCUGCAAAACACCCCACAAUCGGUUGCCAGUGACGAUUCAAACUCCUUAAUCUCAGAAUUAUGGCAGCUAGUGUUCAUGGAGCGCUCUGCUCUGCUCUCGCAUCCACCCUCCUCCAUGCCAAACCCUGAGGACAGUGAGCAGGUAUCUACAAGUCCCUCUUCAGAGUCAUUGGAUGCCACUGGGGCCGGAGAACAUGAGUCACCACCGCAGCCUGGACAAGACAGGUCAUCCAGGCCUGAACAAAGGCCAGCAGUGGAAGGGAUCGUACAGCAGUUCUUGGCUGGCCUGUUUGCCAACAAUGGAAACCCUGGUGGUGCACCAGCUGCACUCUCUAGCAUGCUACAGUUGUACUCAAGCCCAGGAGAUUAUGCAUGGGGUCAGGGAGGUCUCGAUGCAGUCAUCACGGAGCUAUUAGGACAGCUGGAGAGCACAGGUCCGCCCCCAGCUGAAAAAGAGAUGAUUUCAUCCCUGCCAGCAGUUUGCAUCUCUCAAGAGCAGACAGACUGCAGACUAGAGUGUCCAGUUUGUAGGGAGGAGUAUUCAUUAGGAGAAUCUGUCAGGAAGCUUCCCUGCCUCCAUUACUUCCACAGUGAAUGUAUAGUGCCUUGGCUGGAGCUGCAUGAUACUUGCCCAGUGUGCCGCAAAAGUCUUAACGGCAUUGACAACAGCCUUCCACCCACACUGGAGUCCCCAGAAGUGCACUCCGUCAGGCAAGAGCAACAGGAGAGGCAGGCGAUCUGAGAAACGAGCCGACAACUCUACCUCUUUUACCAUAUUCAAAAAGAAAAGAGACAAGCUUCUCGCGCUUUUAAAUAAAAUACAUACGUUCAAGUCGACACUUGCAGCUUCAGCUCUCAAGCGACUUGUGCAUCUCUGCUAAGGACAUUUAUGUUUUCUACUAAAGCAUUACCACUGUUUUAUGACGCAGCACCUGCGGGUGGAUCUGGCAAUUUGCUGACAAGAUGCAGAGGUCAUGUGUCCUUCUCGCUAUGCUUCCCUCUCAGGUUGUUUCCUUAAUGACAGACUUUGAUGUCAUAAACUACAGCCACUGAAGUGUCAGUUACUGUCAAGACAACAGAAUCUUACAGAGUUAUGGAGAAACAUCUUUUCCAUUAUUGUCUUGGUAAGUGGGUUACGCAGCGUUUUUGUUGACCUUCUACCAGCGUAAAGCUGCUAAUAAAGCUUAACCCUGUGACCCUUCUUUCUCUGGAUAUUCUUCUGUUUUACCAAUAAUGUGAUAAACAGAGGAUAGUCUGUUCAGUAAUCAGUUAGGUUAACAUUGUAGUUAUAUUUAAUUUCAAUGCAUUAUGUGGUAAAACUGGGGAAAACGGUUAAAUUAAUCCAAAAAUACCACAUUAGAGCUUUUUUAACAACAUCUGAGUAUUUCUUUUUAUAACCAAAGUU